AUGUCUGAUCUUAAGAACUUCGAUCGCAUGUUCCGCCUCGAUGGCAAGGUUGCGCUGGUGACGGGCGGAUCAAGAGGUAUGGGGCUCCACACCGCGACGGCCUUCCUGCUCGCAGGUGCUAAGAAGGUCUUCGUAUCCGCACGUAAGAACGAAGGCGCUCAGGGCAUCGACCAAGCCGUCGAGAAGCUCAAUAAGCUGCCCGUCUCCGGACAGGCGAUUGGCAUCGCGGCGAACGUCGCAGACACAGAUGACAUCGCGCGGCUGGUGAAGGAGGUCCAGAAGACAGACGACAAGCUCGACAUCUUGGUGUGUAAUGCGGGCGCAACAUGGGGAGGUCCGUUCGACCCGACACCAGACUGGGGCAGUAAAAAGGUGCUGGAUCUGAACGUGCGGGGCGUGUUCAACCUGGCGAGACUAUUCGCACCGUUGCUCGAGAAGGCAGGCACGCGCACAGACCCCUCUCGCAUCAUCAUCGUCUCGUCGACUGCAGGCACCACCGUCCCACACGUCGGCGAACAUGGCACAAUCAUGUACAGCGUCUCCAAGGCUGCUGCGCAUCACCUCUCACGCCAGCUCGCAGUGGAGCUUGGCCCGCGAAACAUCACAACCAACACGGUCGCUCCUGGCUUCUUCCCGUCGAAGCUGGCCAACGGCUUGAUCGAGAACCUUGGAGGGCAAAAGUCGCUGGAGGACCACAACCCGCGUAAAAGGCUAGGAGAGCCCGAGGAUAUUGCUGGUGUCAUGGUAUACUUGGCGUCGCCCGCGGCUUCCUAUGUGAACGGAGAAGACAUUGCAGUCGAUGGAGGCGUUCGGUUUGCAGCAGGGCGGCAAUCACGGUUGUAG